AAUGAAGGGUUUGGAUUAUAUUAGAAUGGACUUUGAUCGACUGUAUUAUAGAACGAAGUCUGAGUUAUAAAAUCUCGAUGUGUUUUGUUUGUUUACGCGGUAAUAUCGUGUACCGUUAAUUUUAGUUUUACCGUCAGUCUAGAAACAACACUUGUAUAUAACAAAACAUAAUCAAAAAACCUUUAUCUCUACAAAUAUCAAGUCGAAUUUCGAAUUUAAAAGUUAAGCGCGCAAUAUUACUCUUUUCAAAAAUGAUAACCACAGUUCGAAUUGUUUCACCUAGAGUUGUUAAUUUAAAUAAAAAGUACUUAAGAAAGUUCCUCUCAACCAUCAGUAAUUCACAACUUGCAGAAAAUGUUACCUACGACAAAACUUCCGGAAUUGUUACAUCUCCCUACGGAAAAAUUGCGAUACCUAAUGAGAAUUUGGUAGAAUUUGUUUGGAAAAGAAUGGAAGAACACAUGGAGCACCCAGUUACCACAUGCGCCGCAUCAGGAAGGAGUUAUACGUUUGGUAUGAUGAGAUUGCUAAUAAACAGAUUUGCUCAAGCUUUAUUGGGCCAUUGUGGCAUGAAACCUGGAGAAGUUGUGGGAUUAUUAUUACCUAAUAUUCCUGAAUAUGUAAUUGCCAGUCACGGAUCGAUGGAAGCAGGAUUAACAGUGACUUUUGUAAAUCCUCUAUAUACUCCAGAUGAAGUCAAAAGGCAGUUUCAAAAUGCAGGUGUAAAAAUGAUAAUAACAAUACCUCUUCUCCUGGAAGUCGCAACAAAUGUUGGAAAACAAUUACCAGAUUAUAAGACAACCGUCUGCAUAGGCGGAGAAGAUGAUUUAUCAAAGAACGUUCAGGGGUUUCAAAGUUUAUUGGAAGCAGGUCACGAAUCAGAUUUACCAGGAAUAAAUCCGCAAGAAAUAGCUUUGCUCCCAUAUUCCAGUGGAACUACGGGACUGCCAAAAGGAGUUAUGCUGUCCCAUUACAACUUAGUUGCUAAUUUAGCCCAGGGUGAACAUCCCUCAUUAUUAGGAUUAGAAAAAUUGCCAAAUAAGCAAGAUGUUGCUAUGACAGUUUUACCGUUUUUCCACAUUUAUGGAUUUAAUGGAAUAUUAAAUGUUUGUUUGAAAGAGGGUAUUCAUUUGGUUACAUUACCCCGAUUUACCCCUGAAGACUACAUCAAAGCAUUGGUCAAAUAUCGCCCACAAAAUUUGUUUGUAGUUCCCUCUUUAUUAUUAUUCUUAGCAUCGAAUCCCGCUGUUACCAGAGAACAUCUUUCAUCCAUAAAGAACAUCAUGUCAGGUGCAGCUCCAGCUACUGAAGGACUUAUUUACAAAUUCAAGGAGAAAUUAGGUCGCGAUGAUGUCAUUGUAAGGCAAGGGUACGGAAUGACCGAAAGUUCUCCCGUUAGUCUUCUUAUUCCAGUGGAUGCUCCAAAAUCUAAAAUUGGCACUGCGGGCCUUCUGUAUCCUGGUACGGAAGCUAAAGUAAUAAACGUUGAAACAGAAGAAACGCUAGGACCUAACAACCCUGGAGAAUUAUUGAUAAGAGGACCUCAAGUGAUGUCUGGAUACUUAAAUAAUGAAAAAGCGACCGCAGAAACAGUAGACGAAGAUGGCUGGUUACAUACAGGUGAUAUUGCUUAUUAUGAUGAAGAUGGUUACUUCUUCAUUGUAGAUCGAUGUAAAGAACUCAUUAAAGUAAAAGGAAAUCAGGUAUCACCAACAGAAUUAGAAAAUGUUAUUUUGGAAAUACCUGGAGUUUUGGACGUAGCCGUUGUUGGAAUACCAGAUGCCUUAGCUGGUGAAGUUCCUAGAGCUUUUGUUGUAAAGAAACCCAAUAGUCAUUUAAAGGAACAAGAUGUUUUAGAGUUCGUAAACUCAAAGGUUGCUCGUUAUAAAAAAUUAGCUGGAGGUGUUAAAUUUUUAGAUACUAUUCCAAGAAAUCCAAGUGGAAAAAUUUUAAGGCACGAAUUAAAAAUUGUACCGAUGUAAUAGUAUAUUAUUUAUGUAUGAAAUAUUAUUUAAUAAAGUAUUUUUGUAAUAAUAUA